UAAAUAUAUACACCAACAUAAUCUAGUAACUAAACAAAUCAUUUUCUUGAAUUUCUUCUUUGUUGAUUUUCAAGCAAAAUCCUUUUUCUGGACACCAUUUUAAUGCAUUUACAUCAGAAAGACAGACUUCCCUGGUCCCUGGAUCAGUAUAUUGAACAGAACCAAACCGUUCACCUCAAAGACCAGAUGUGCAGGUUCAGAACCAGCAGGAUGUCUGUUUGCUCUCUGGGGUCAUGUCUGGUUCUGCACUGAAAUCAGGAGGAAACUGGUUUGUUUUUGUCUCACGCUGCUGUCGUCAGGCAGCUAACUGACAUAAGAGGAAAAACAGAAAUCCCCUAAGAAAAGCAGGAAGACGACUAAUGAGGCUCCUGGACCCCGUGGGGGAGAGAGGGGGCGGACAGGUGGGACACUGAGCUGCUCAGGUGCAUUGCUGCUCAACAACAGUCUUUUGAGAGCAGCAGCAGUUUCUGGUUCCGUGGUUUUUUCUCCUGGACUUCAUGGACGGCGGAAGGACGGAUUUGGCUGGACCUUUGGAGCUGUGACACGUUGCUUUAUCGAGUACAACUGCAGGUCAGUGAACAGGGCUGAAGUGGGAAGGGCUGCUGCCGCUACCCCAGAAAGCCCACGAGUCCACGGACCUGACUUUCGCUUCUCUGGAGUUUUAAUGUUUUCCAGCCUUCACAUUUCACCCUGUCUCCUCUUCUGAUCUCUGCAUGAAGAAUCAAAGUUUGUCAUACUGACACUAAUGUUGAUGAAGAGUAACGGGAGUUUUUCAAGAGUUCUUUGGUUGUUUUUAGAAGGCUUUGCUCUCGUUUCACUCUUGUUUGGUGAUUUCAUGGUUUAGGGUAAGAUGGGCUGCCUGGGAGGACAGACGGAUGAAGAACGCCUCGAUGAGAAAGCAAAACGGGAGACCAACAAGAAGAUUGAGAAGCAGCUACAAAAGGAGAGGCAGGCCUAUAAGGCUACCCACCGCCUGCUGCUGCUAGGUGCAGGAGAGUCUGGCAAAAGCACCAUUGUAAAGCAGAUGAGGAUUCUUCAUGUAGACGGCUUCAAUGCUGAAGAAAAGCAGGAAAAGGUUCAGGACAUCAGAAAAAAUAUUAAGGACGCUAUUGUGACCAUCGUAUCAGCAAUGAGCAUGCUGACUCCACCCGUUCCUCUUGGUAACCCUGCCAAUCAAUUCCGAUUGGACUACAUAAAGAGCAUCGCUCCACUGUCUGACUUUGAAUACACAGAGGACUUUUUUGAGCAUACUCAGAAGCUGUGGGAGGACGAUGGCGUGAAGGCCUGCUUCGAGCGUUCCAACGAAUACCAGCUGAUUGACUGCGCUCAGUACUUCCUGGACAAGUUAGAGUGCAUCAGGAGGCCUGAUUACUCGCCCACUGACCAGGAUUUGCUACGCUGCAGAGUUUUGACCUCAGGAAUCUUUGAAACUAGGUUCCAGGUGGAUAAAGUCAACUUCCACAUGUUUGAUGUUGGUGGUCAGAGGGAUGAGCGAAGAAAGUGGAUCCAGUGUUUUAAUGAUGUAACUGCAAUCAUCUUUGUGGCAGCCAGCAGCAGCUACAACAUGGUGAUCAGAGAGGACAACUCCACCAACCGCCUCAGAGAGUCGCUCGACCUUUUCAGAUCUAUUUGGACCAACAGAUUUCUGAAGACCAUCUCGGUGAUCCUGUUCCUAAAUAAACAGGACAUGUUGGCAGAGAAGAUUCUGGCUGGAAAAUCCAAAUUGGAGGAUUAUUUUCCGGAGUAUAAAAACUAUCAGGUCCCCGCAGAUGGUGUUCCAGAUGCUGUUGAAGACCCACAGGUCACUCGAGCAAAGUUCUUCAUCAGGGAUGAAUUUCUGAGGAUCAGCACGGCCAGCGGUGACGGCAAACAUUACUGUUACCCGCACUUCACCUGCGCCGUGGAUACGGAGAACAUCCGUCGAGUCUUCAAUGACUGCCGGGACAUCAUCCAGAGAAUGCACCUACGGCAGUAUGAGCUCCUCUGAUUGGCUGCUGCAUCUAGAAGCUAUAGUAAAACUUGUGGUAUGUCAUCAGGGCUGAUAGGUGAUCAAUGCAGGUAGAUUUUCAUGUUCUUGAUGUGAUCAGUUACAUUUAUAAAUUUGGGGCACCGGUUUGACCCUUGUGCUAUCUU